AAUCGGCUACUUUUGUAUCGCAGCGGAAGUGAAAUGCACGCUUAUUGAGAAGCUUAACGAAAGAGAGAAGGAUUUAUUUACAAUGGAGAAUCUCCUUUGCUCCCAUAUUCCUAGUGAGCAUGCAAAACUGUUGCAUAUUAAGCCUCAAGAAUCCAAGCAGGCUAAAGCUUUUAUAGAUUCAUUUUUGAAGCGUAGCCUCCAUAAUCUGCAAGAGGAGGAAAUACAGAGACAUACUGAUUACAAGGCAGUGGUUUUAGAGCACAAAUACAAUGGCAAAAAAACACAAAAGAAAAAGAAAUCUAAAGGCCUCUCUGCUAAACAGAAAAGAGAAAUGAAGCUUUUUCAUCUGAAACCUGAACAGCAGAGGUAUGCACAGUUUUUGCCUUUGAAUGAGUUAUGGAAACAGUACAUUCGCGAUCUCUGCAAUGGACUAUCCCCAGAAUCCAAUCCCCAGAUGAUUCAGUCCAAGCUGUUAAAAGCGGACUUCCAUGGAGCCAUUGUCACAGUGACCAAAUCAAAAUGUCCAUCUUAUGUAGGAACUACAGGAAUUAUUUUACAAGAGACUAAACAUGUCUUCAGAAUUGUUACACAACAUGAUAGGUUAAAAGUCAUUCCCAAACGUAAUAGUGUCUUUACAGUGGAAAUUGAUGGAUUUAUUACCCAUGUCUACGGUAGCAAGUUUCAGCUAAAAUCAAGUGAGCGUUCAGCUAAGAAAUUUAAACUGAAAGGAACCAUAGACCUUUAAUCUGAAGCCAGUGCAGCCAAAGAUGGUUCUUUGAAAAUGUCACUAGUCUUCCCAAAAGAGACUGAAUAGAAAGAGGGAACACCUAUUGAUUUUGAUUUUCCAUAUGUGAUUUUGCCAUUUAAUUUAUUUUUAUGAUUUCUUGUAUUGCAUACAAAAAAGGUUAAUAGAAUGUGCUUUUUCUCAAAGAGUAAACAGGCCUAUCAUCACCUUUUUUAAUUUUCAUGAAGUAUUAGUACAUUUUCAUUAGUUGUCAAGUAGGAUUAUAAACAAUUUACUUAUGUUCUUAAGUUUUUGUUGCAUUUGAUAUAAAUCUAUUUUAUGUAUAGCUGUGAAAUGAAUUAAACUGUUAGUCAUUAAAAGAUAUAACAAAUUUAUUCUUUUUCAAAACGAAGUAUUAGGACACAUACAUUAGUAGCCUAAUAUCUACAGUAUAAGCUAUUUACAUCUGUCCUUAUGAACUUUUUCAUUUGUUGCAUUUGAUAUAAAUAUAUUUUAUAUAUAACUGAAGUGAAUUAAGCUGUUAUGUUAUUCUUUAAAAGAUAUAACAUAUGUAUUCCAAAAUAUUGAAGAAAGCACAGUUUGGGGUACAUGGUUUGUUAUAAUCUUUACUAAAUUAGGUUAAAGAAGAGGUUAUAGUUGCUUUGGAAUACAGAAGAGAAUCAAUACAUUGACGAUUUAGCUGCCUAAACACCAUGGCACUAGUCUCUGUUUGUUUGUAUGUGUUUUCCUUCAUUUAUUUAAAAAUAAGCUGAUGAGUGAAUUAACAGUAACUCUGUUUCCAUAUAUAUUUCUGCCACAGUAUCAUGAAUUUCAUAAUGAGAUUCCACCUUGUGUUUUAUCUUGCCAAGAUGAGAUUGCACUUCUCAUAGCACAGUAGUAUAUGCAUAUUAAAAAUGACUUGAUGGAACAGAGCUAUUACCAGUAAUCCUUUCUUAGUGUUUUGGCAGAAUGAUAUGCAUUGUGUCUUGCAUAAUUCAAACAAAGAGCAAAAAAAAUGUACAUUAAGACAAUAUUACAGAAUCAAAAUAUUGUAAACUUGCCUAUUUUGUUAUUGUUCAAAUAAAAUUAAGUUUAUUUACUGUA